AACACGAUACAACAAAAAGCAACAUGUGCAAUGCAACAAAAAGCAACAAAAAUUACAUGUAAAAUUAUCUGGACAUACAUAUAAUAUAAUUUCUUAUUACAAUUUAAAUAUCUGGACAUACAUAUUAUAUAAUUUCAUAGUACAAUUUAUUCAUUUAUCUAUUACAUCUAUGGCUUUGUUCUUCUUUUGUCUUUACUUUCCUUAUCAAUCUUCUCACCCUUGCAUCUUCAUGUACCUAUAUUUUUUCUGUUAUGAAGAUCUGAUGCAACACAUCAGCAAGUUUGAGACUCAACAGAUAGCAAGAAGACAUAUUCUCAGCAAAUCACAUGAUAUUCUUUUUAUGUUUUUAAAAGCAACAAAGAGUAAUAAAUAGAGACAAAAAGAAACAAGACAAAGGGAAAUUAAACCAACGUAUAAUAAUAUCCUACAGAUACACAUUUUAAAAAUAGAGCACAAAACAGAGAGUUACAUCUAAACUUAACAUUGUAUAAUUGACUACAUUCAAUUAACAGGCAACAUAUCAAAAUGAAGCUAAUUAAAACAAUAUAGCCCAAAUUCAUGGUUUGACUAAAUCUAUUUAACAUAGCCAAACACCCUUAAUGCCAUUCAUUGAAUGUUCUAAGCAACAAAUCAUAGUCACAACUAAACGAAAUUAACAUAGCUAAGCAUCUCAUCAAAUUUCAAGUGAAACCCACUCAUGGUAAUUACAUGGAGAUCUGGUAAGUUUUAGGAGGAUGGUAGAUUGAAGCAACUCUUUCAAAGUUUAAAAUGAUUUUAGUUAGAACACAAUUAGCCAACCUUCACAUUGUUCUACAAUAAAUCAUUUCUAAUAAGAUCAAACCAUAAAUCUCAUCCCAAAGAAUACAUUCACACGAUAACAUACCAAAGAAUACAUUCACAUGAUAACAUAUAGACUUCAAAAUUUAGUUUUUUAUUCAACAAAACAGAAACCUCUGCAACCUGUUUAGAGACAAAAAUUUAUAGUUCAUACUUGAUAUUCCAUUCAAAAAGCACAUAAGCCUAAGAGGCUAAAAAGACACUUCAAGUUACAAUAAGAUAUACUCUUAAGAGAAGGCCAAUGCAUUACUUGAGCGGGAUGAACCUUGAGGAGUGGGUAGCACCAAUACCAGUUCUACCAUGCUUCACACGCUUGUAUGAGAUUGACAAAUAAGCCAAGUAGUGCCUAAUCAUCUCUGGCUUCCCUCAAUUUGGUUGAAUUCCAAGCCAUUGCAAAGACCACUCACACUUCCAAUCAUCUCAGGCACAAUUAUCAUGUUCCUUGAGUGUGUACGGGCUCUGGCUUCUCCCCAGUUGGAGCUUAAGUUUUGCCUUCUAGAGCUUCUUAAUCAGAGCGAGUGGCUUCCUCGUCAACCCCCUCUUAAAUCUUCUGCGCUGACGGGCCGAGAAGAUCUUAACGAGAACAUCAGUGGCCAAGCCGAGGACAGAAUCAAGGUCAACGCCUCUGUAACUGAACAUCUCGAAUGUUCUCUUCUUUGGCAGUCCUGCACCAACAUCGUGCUCAGCGUCCGCCAUUUUUGUUGAAAUGAAAGCUAAAAACGUGGCGGUGCUAUGCGCACGAUUGGUUCAAAUUUCAGUCAAUUAAAGAGAUGAUGUUGAGCUAUUCCAACACACCAUUAGAGAAAGUCCUCACUUAGCCUUACCGUUGAUUUUGUUCAAUCGGCAAUUGACGACUCCCUCGAUUCUGAUUUUAAGGUCAUCUUUUCAUUCUCCGGCAAAACAACCAUCACAGGCCUUCUUUCUUGCUUAAUCCCCAACGCUAUCGGUCUGAUAGCUUACGUAGAAUGGCUUUCCCUCUCCAAUCGAGCUGAUAGAAGUCGACGUUAUCCAUUUCUACAAGCGCUAGGUUUGCCCUGCGGAACACGAAAUUGAAAUUGCCUUCGUCUCUCUCCACGACGACUCCACCGCCUCGUCGAAUUUCUGGUUUCAUCCAUAGCCUCAAGCUUCAAAUUUGCCAGUUCCGACAGGUCGGCUUCUCAGACUCAUGAGUCGUCGGCUUCUCCUGAUUUU